AUGGAGCGCGAUUAUGGGGUCUUAGGUGUUUGUAAUGGUUUGGUAUGCAUACAACAAGUACGUGGUUGUUUUGGGAAAGAAAGAGAACUUAUAGAAUACGGCUUUCAUAUUCACAAUCCAGCCAUUCAAGUCAUCUCUGAAGAUAAUCCCCCACAUGUUCGUCUUCAUUGGGGGGCGAAUUAUAAGUGUCCGUAUAUGUUUGGUUUUGGCUACGAGGAAAAGGAGCGUACCUACCAAAUUGUGUUUUUGGAAACUCACACAAAUGACUAUAAGAAACAGGAUAUAAAAGUUUGCAGUUUAGGGGGCGCUUGGACAACUGUGUUAACAUGUGAGGCUAUUUCCGCUGUUUUUCCUGAUGGUAUAUGUGUGAGUAGUACUUUAUGCUGGUUGGCAUGUCCCAGAUUCUUUCGUGGUGAUCCAAGAACAAUCUUUAAAGUGAAGGAGUUAAGGAUAUUCUCUUAUGAUCUCAAAAACAAGACAUGUAGGUAUUUGUCUAUGCCUGUUGGCGCCUCAGAAGUGGAACAUACUUAUCGCUUUGAGGGUUGA